GUGGGUAACCUUGGUGGAAGACUUAUUAAUGAGUCAUCCAUACAUUAUAUUAUCCAGUUUCAUGGUUUUUUCUUCUCUCUUUUUUAAAUCUCCCAUCCCUUGGAGAAAAAUCAUAAUAGCACAACCAAAACAAUUCAUGCCUUCUCUAAAAUUUCUCGAUUUCUGUCCAUCUCCAGCCAUGAUGGUGUACUAUAUUCAUGUAGUCUAGCAACACUCGAUUAAUUUCAACACAUAUGUAAUGGAGGUUGAAGUCAUUUCCACAGAGAGAAUAAAACCAUCUUCUCCAACCCUUGCUCACUUAAAAACCUACAACAUUUCCCUUUUAGAUCAGCUCUUUCCUUGUGCUUAUGUUCCCCUGGUUUUCUUCUAUCUCAACCCCCAAACCACAACUAGCCUCACUGAUCUCAUCUCUGAAAGAUCACAUACUCUGAAGCAGUCACUAGCACAGACCCUAACCAGCUUUUACCCAUUUGCUGGAAAGAUCAAAGAUGAUCUUUACGUCGACUGUAAUGAUGAUGGAGUCUAUUAUGUUGAAGCUCGAGUGAACCGUUAUUUGUUGGAAAUUCUCAAUCAACCAGAUACACGGUCGACGCAUCGGCUUCUUCCUCAAGAUCCAACUCUCGCAACUGCAAGAAUGAAUGUGGUAAUGAUUCAAGUUAAUUUCUUUGAAUGUGGUGGAAUUGCCCUGAGCAUCUGCAGUUCACACAAGAUCAUUGAUGGCCACACGUGCACCACAUUCAUGAAAGCUUGGGCAAGAACUGCCCAAGGAUCUUCACUAGCACAUCCCAGUUUCAUUGCCUCUUCACUCUUCCCUCAAAACUGCUCAUUACCCAAAAAUUCAACAUUGAUUCUAUGGCCCAAAAUGUUCAAUCAAAUCAAAUACAUCACAAAAAGGUUUGUAUUCGAUGCCUCGGCUUUAGCUAGGAUCAAGGCCAAAGCAACUAGCUCGUCAUUUGUGAAAAACCCAUCUCGAAUUGAGGCUUUGUUGGGACUUAUUUGGAAGUCUGCUAUGGCUGCUUCAAAGGUAAGGCAUGGGUUGCAAAGGCAUUCUGUUUUCUCACUUGCUGUGAAUUUGAGAAGAAAAAGUUCGUUACCUCUGUCAGAAUUUUCUGUGGGAAAUCUCAUUUGGAGUGCGGUUGCGCAAUGCACGCCCGAUGUGGAUGCCGCAGAGGAGGAGUUGUGUUGUUUGGUGGGGCGUUUGAGGAAUGCUGUGAAAAAGAUCAACGGUGAUUUCGUGCAAGAGCUACAAGAGUUUCACAAGGUUACAAAAUGCCUCAAAGAGUUGGGUGAAGUGUACUCAAAUGAAGGAGUUGAUUACUUUUCAUGUACAAGUGUGUGCAAUGGGGGCAUGUAUGAAGCUGAUUUCGGAUGGGGAAGACCCGUUUGGGUAAGCCUAGGAGGUGCAGAGGAUCCACUGGUAAUGAAUCUCAUUUUUUUGAUGGAUACCAGGUCGGGUGGUGGAAUUGAAGCUUGGGUUAGCCUGAGUGAGGAAGAAAUGGAUGUGUUUGAGCGCAAUUCGGAGCUACUUGAGUUCGCCUUGUUGGAUCCGAGUGCUCUUGAACUUGGAAAUUCUACCAACUGCCAUGCACGUAUGUAGAUGUUUAGAAUCUUUAUCUGAUCAUGCAAAAAAAUUUCAAUAUCGUUUGUGGGACUUAUAGAAAUUAGGAUAAAUUAUAGGAAAAUUUAUUAUAAGUCCCAAUAUAGAGUAAUAUUAAAGUUGUAUGAAUUUUUUUAUGAACUAAUUAGUCUUUUUCGUUUUAAAAA